CUCAAGAAUCGAAGAAUAAAAAUAAAGAAUCAGAAUAAUACCAAUCAUCAUCUUCAUCAUAAAUCUAAACAAAGAUACGAAUUUGACACCAAAUCAAACUCCAACACACAAAUAAAUAACUAAUCUCAAAACCAAUUAAAAAAAUCUCAAAUCUUUUUUUCUUUUUCACCAACAUUUGACAACAACAAUAGAACAAUUAUAAGACAAAAAAAAAUUGUUUCUUUUUGAAACUGCCAUUCAAAAGCCAAGUCACAGCAGUUGUUUUAAAGUAUAAAUUUAGAUUCUUUCUAAUAAUAUCAUUUUCAUGGCGCAACAACAAGUAAAGCCAUUGUCUUCUGAUGAAACAAAUCCAUCUAAGGAUUCAGAAAUGGCUAAAGUUCCAGUUUCAUCCUCUGCUCCUCAGCCUUCUUGGUUCACUCCAAAAAGGUUGUUAGUUAUCUUUUGUAUCAUCAACUUGAUAAAUUAUGUUGAUAGAGGAGCAAUAGCGAGUAACGGUGUUAAUGGAAGUCGUAGAUCUUGCAAAGGUGGUACAUGCACGUCUGGUAGCGGAAUACAAGGGGACUUUAAAUUAAAUAAUUUUGAAGAUGGAGUUUUAUCGUCUGCUUUCAUGGUUGGACUUCUUGUGGCUUCUCCAAUUUUUGCCUCACUAGCAAAGAGUUUCAAUCCAUUUCGGCUUAUUGGAGUUGGAUUAUCGGUUUGGACACUUGCAGUGGUUGGUUGUGGGUUUUCAUUUAAUUUCUGGUCCAUUACAGUAUGUCGCAUGUUUGUCGGUGUUGGUGAGGCUUCAUUUAUAAGUCUUGCAGCCCCAUUUAUCGAUGAUAAUGCCCCUGUAGCUAAGAAAACGUCAUGGCUUUCUAUAUUUUACAUGUGCAUACCAACUGGAUAUGCCGUCGGCUAUGUUUAUGGGGGAUUGGUCGGAAGCCACGCUAGUUGGCGUUGGGCGUUUUGGGGAGAGGCAAUUGUAAUGCUUCCUUUUGCUAUUUUGGGUUUUGUUAUGAAGCCUUUACAGUUGAAAGGUUUUUCUCCAGCUGAAUCAAAAAAAGCAUUGACGUCGGUAGAGACAGCUGUAUCAGAAGUUCAAGAGGUUUCGACCAAUAAAGGUGAUACCUUGACUGUUAAGGUAGAGUCGGCUGAUGAAAGCUCAAAACAACCUUUCACGUCAAGAAAUGCAGCGAGCAAUUCGAAUCAAUUCUCAAGAUUUUUGAAAGACAUGAAAGCUCUUUUGGUGGAGAAGGUUUUUGUUGUAAAUGUUCUAGGUUACAUAGCGUACAAUUUCGUCAUUGGUGCGUAUUCUUAUUGGGGUCCCAAGGCUGGUUAUAAUAUCUAUAACAUGACCAAUGCAGAUAUGAUAUUCGGAGGGAUUACAAUCAUUUGUGGAAUAUUGGGUACAAUUGGAGGAGGUCUCAUUCUGGAUUUCAUGACUGCUACAAUACCUAAUGCUUUUAAGCUUCUUUCAGUCGCUACAUUUCUUGGUGCAAUAUUUUGCUUCGCUGCCUUCUGCUUUAAGAGCAUGUAUGUUUUCCUCGCUCUUUUCGCAAUUGGCGAACUACUCGUUUUUGCAACUCAGGGUCCGGUAAAUUACAUUUGUCUCCACUGUGUUAAACCAAGCCUGAGACCAAUGUCUAUGGCGAUGUCCACUGUCUCGAUUCACAUCUUUGGAGAUGUACCGUCUUCACCCCUUGUCGGAGUCCUCCAGGACAAGAUCAACAACUGGAGAGCGACUACUCUUAUCUUGACAUCCAUUUUGUUUCCUGCAGCUCUGAUCUGGUUUAUUGGAAUAUUUCUGAAGAGCGUUGAUAGAUUUGACGAAGAGAGCGAGCAUCAAGCGGCGACUGUGGCCGAGAGGUCAAAUACGACGCCUUUACUUGAAGGCAAGACAGCGGAAACAACAGCAACAUCUGCUGAACCAUGAACAAAUCACAAGUCAUAAGUACAAAGAUUCAAUCACAUAUCACAAGAAAUGUAAAUCCUCAUUUAUAAGUUUCGAUUUUAUUACUAUGCAUUCUUUGUUGCUUGUGUUAGUUCUCAACUUUUAGGUUAUUAGAUUAGGUGUUACUUUCUUUUUUGUAAAUAAUCUUAGUAGUUAUUUCUAGUUUAAUUUUGAAAUUGUAGACCUGAAGUAGUCAAUUCGAAAAGAAAUGAUUUAGGCA